AUGCUUUGUAAUCUUUUAGUUAUGAUUUCUUUUCGAAUGUUACAAAAUUCUCAAUUAGAGUUUCGAGGCUUAAAUUUAUAUGUAGCAAAAGUGGUCGAACAAAUCUUUACUUCCUCUGCUCGGAAUUGUUCUUCAAGUCUCAUUGCGAUUAUACAUUUUAAAUUGCAACUCCGUCACAAUGCAAGAAGAAAACUAUAUUUUUUUGAAAGUAAGGAUAGUAGUAUCCACAACAUCAACAACCAUGAAAAUCCUUCGUCACAAGCCAUUUCUAUUCUCUUACGUAAAAUGUAUCCUAUGAAAUAA